AUUUAUAUCCUGAAGAAUAUUGUCCAUGAAAGUGCGUUAAAAAUUGAAACUGCUGUUUUAUCUACUUGUGCUAAUCUGAAACGUCCUGCUCCUUGCCCACCCUUAUAUUGGUUAUCAAAAGAUUCUUUUGUUCUUUCCCGUGCCACCAAGAAGCUGAAGAAAUGA